AGAGAGCAAAAAUAAGCACAGACGGAAGAUAGAGAGAUCGGGAGUGGAGAAGGAGAGAUGUUCCCAUCGCCAGGGAGGGCGGUGAUGGCGCUAGGCCAACACGGCGCCAUGGCGGCGGCCGUGGCGUCCUCGUCGACGACCUCCCCCGCCGCGGCCCCAGCCACCGUAGCCUUCACCUUCCAGCCCUCGCCGACGGCGCCUCACACGGGCGCUGCUGCUCCUGCUGCUGCUCUCCCCCAUCACCACCACCACCAUCACCAUGGCAUCCUAGGGUACAGCCCGCUCGUCCUAGACCACCCAACCACCGCCGCCACCUCCUCCUCCCCGCACGCGGCGCCCUGUCCCACCACCCUCCGCCACGGCCUCCACGCCGCUCCUCCUCCUCCCACCCUCCCUUCCCAUCCUCCGAGAUCGUCGCCGGCGACGCAUCCAUGGUCUUGCGAGGAAGGCGAUCGAGGGAGGCAGAGGGGGAAGGGUGCCGCCGCCGUGAUGGGCACCGGGAGGAUCAUCGACGACGACGACCCCGGCGGGAGCUACGCGGCGGCGGCGGGGCCGCAGCAGCAUCCUCCCCAUCACCAGCUAGCGGUUGGCGCGGUGAGGAUGAAGAAGGCGGCGGCCGGAGGGAAGGCGCGGCGGAAGGUGCGGGAGCCGAGGUUCUGCUUCAAGACGAUGAGCGACGUCGACGUGCUCGACGACGGCUACAAGUGGCGCAAGUACGGCCAGAAGGUCGUCAAGAACACCCAGCACCCAAGGAGCUACUACCGGUGCACGCAGGACAACUGCCGCGUGAAGAAGCGGGUGGAGCGGCUGGCGGAGGACCCCCGCAUGGUGAUCACCACCUACGAGGGCCGCCACGUCCACUCCCCCUCCCGCGACGACGACGACGCCGCCCGCGCCACCGCCGAGAUGACCUUCAUCUGGUAGCCGCCUCCCUCCCGCCGCCGACCGUACGUCCGUCCCUCCUCCUCCUCCCUCCGCCGGCGGCGACCGGCCCCAGCCAUGCGUGCAUCCACGUACCUAGCUAGAUCGAUUAAUUAAGCUCCUCUCGCUCCUUCAGCUAGUCAUCACAGUUGCAGUACUGCCUUAAUCAAUCGAUCCCCUUUGCGAUCGAUAUCACAUGCGUCUGUGUAGUGUGUAGUGUGCAUUAUUUGUUGUUACUGUUGGUUUUUGUCAUCAUAAUCUGAUAAUCAUACAGUUAUUAAUUAAUUAGCUAGCUAUCUAGGUUUGCUUGUGAUAUAACUACUACAUAUAUAUAUCGAUCGGUUGUUGUAACCGAUCGCGCGAUCGAGUAGUUAAGAUCAAGUACAGUGUUGUGUAGUCCGGAGAGCAAGCAGCCUGGGAUCCGGCGAAACAGUGACGAAAAGGGUUGGGCGCCUGCACCGAAUGGAAGACGACAGUGCAGUGCAGGCGUCUCUCAUGUCUCUUUCUCUCUCGAUCCAUGUCGAUCUGUCUGUAUGGAGUACUGGGUCUCUUUGCAUCCAAACCCUUUAUUCUUUUUUUUGCAUGAUAGAUCGAUCCCUUUAUGUAUGGUCACUCGAUCAUGCAUGUGAGUAUGUAAUGUCAAAAGAUAAUCAUUAUA